CACCAGUACCCACCCGCCGCCGCAUACCACGCGCACGGCGUGUCUCCCCGGGUGAGCCGCAUCACGCCCCCUCCGGCGCCGCGGGUGACGACGCAGUGGUACUACCCUUCGCCCAUGCCCUCGCCCGUACGCCGCUCUGGUAUGUCUAUGGGAGAGGGAGGAGGGUGCACUGCAUGCAACACAACACAUCCAUGUGUGUGGUAGCCACCCACUCAUGUGUGAACGAACGGCAUCUCUCUCUUAUCGCUCGGUGGUGUGGUGUCGUGUGCAGGGGGCAACAAGAAGAGCUGCGGGGUGGGGUUCUGGGGCUGGUGGAAGUAGACAAGUGGUAGGCUCAAACAGCCACACACGUGUUGAGACGCUGUGCUUUGAUGUGUCUUUGUGUGGUGUGUGUGGCAAUCGUCAGAUCUCGGGUAUGCCAACCACUUCAACUGAGGGAUUGA